UGCGAACCGACCAGACCAGUUCAAGCUCCCUCACCAACUCACGACAACCCCGCCACGACGACACGCCAAAGACCAGACAAGCAAGAUGUCUGUCUCCGAGGAUCUCAUCGAUUUCGAGAUCAUCGAAAAUCAGAAAGAAAAUAUCCAAUCACUACCAGGAGGGCGAUCAGCACGCGCCCUGGCCAGCAUGUUUUCCCCCUCUCCUCUGCACAAGCUCAUGACCCCAACACCAUCCGACACGAAGAAUCUCAACGAUGCGCUCAGGCAAGAGUAUGAGGCGGAAUUGCUCAAUAUCUCCGAAUCAGACGAUCCUCUGGAUAUCUACGAUCGCUAUGUUCGAUGGACACUCGACGCGUAUCCUUCCGCACAAGCAACACCGGCUUCACAACUGCAGCCGCUUCUCGAGCGCGCAACAAAGGCCUUCCUCACAUCCGCACAAUACAAAAAUGAUCCAAGAUACCUGAAAAUGUGGAUUCAAUUCAUUCGCUUCGUCUCUGAUACCCCUCGCGAAACUUUUGCUUUCCUGGCUCGUCAAAACAUUGGAGAGGGAUUGGCAUUAUUCUACGAAGAGUUUGCUGCAUGGCUCGAGGGUGCAGGACGAUGGAUACAGGCGGAAGAAGUCUACAAGAUGGGAAUUGAGAGGGAGGCACGACCAACUCCUCGAUUGCUUCGAAAGUUCAGUGAGUUUCAGCAGCGAUUCUCGCAGCGGCCAGAGGAUAACAACGAGCCCUCCUCACCUGCACUGCCAACAGUCCGACCUGCACUUGCUGCAAAAAUUGAUCCAUAUGCUGCAGCUGCGCCUAGAGAUCCACAAGCUCCGCGGCCCAAUUCUGGUGUUGGCGGAACAGCGACUAAGAGUGGACGACAAAAACUCACCAUCUUCUCAGAUGCAGAUAGUGCGGCACCGGCGGUGACAGCUGGUCGUGAUACUAAAGGGUGGGAAAAUAUCGGAUCAUUGGCAGACCGAAAGAAGGAAAAUGUGAUCGAGCCGAAGCCCUGGGUAGGAGAGACUUUGAAAGCUGGAGGAAAGAAGAGUAGUACGAAAAUCCCGGUCUUCAAGGAUGAGUCUCUACCUCAUUUCGAUUAUCCUCAAGUUACAGACCCUGCGCAACAACAAGUGACUGUGAAUCAAAAAGGCCGGAUUGAACGUAUUUUUGUGAACCUUGAAGCCAUAUACCAUACCCCGGAGAUUGUUGGGAGCGAGUUGAGUUUGGAAGAAUUGAGGGCUGGCCAACGAGGCUGGCUCUCGAAAGUUUGGCAACCUGAGAUUCCUCCGAAGCAAAAUCAUGAAGACUCUCUGGACCCUCAGGAUGGGACUGGGGAGUCUAAUGUCAAUACUGAUGAGAUUGUCCGAGAAGUCUCGGAGAAACUCGUAAUUGCUCGUGAUCCUGUUACGUUAGAUGAGAAUGGAGCAGCAAAAGAGGCUGGUCGUGAGGGCAGAGGUCGGAGAAUGAAGAUCAAAGAAGUCAAUGAAACACAAAUCAUCAAAGCAAAACUAUCAUCGCCAUCGGGACCAAAGAUGACGAAAAGGAAAAAGGAACAAACGAUGACGCUGCAUACUCGGGCAGCUACUGAUGACAUCUAUGAUCUUUUCAAUCAGCCACUGAAGCCUGCUGAGGAGGAGGAGGAAGAAGAAGAAGAAAGCGACGACGACGAUGAUAUGACGGACGGGGACUUCACGAGCGGCGGUGAGAGUACUGGAACAGGAAGACUCAUCACAACUAGUGAAGCCGGAGAUGAUGAGACUUCUGAUGUGAAGAGUGUUAGCGAAUGGUCCGAAUUCACAGCGAGGAAACAUAUUCCUAACGUCGACGAUGAGGACGAAGAUACUCGCGCUUCACGAUUUACUGAAGCCGACGACGAAGAUUUGGCACGGAUCAAAGUUGAAAUUCCUGAGGUGGAUGAAGAGCUUGUCACUCCUUCGCCAGAUCUCCCUCAUACUACGAGAACUGUGUUUGUUCCGAUACCUCCGGAAGAUUACGAGGCGCCAACACGCCCGUAUAGAGAUCCAGCACAAGUAUCUCAGAAUCGUCUUCCUUUUAUGACACCAAUUGCGGAAAAGACGGAGUCAUCUCUUGGCAUGAAUACAGUCAGAGAGGAAAAGGACUAUUUGAACUUGACGACACCGAGCAAGGAGAAUGGAUCGAGGAAACCACCGGUACGGCCAAUUGAAGGGCUCGAUAGCAGCCCAUUCAAAGACAUUAUCAGCGACUCAACUCCUGUUGAGAAGAUUGCUCAACCACUACUCGGCAAGAAGUUGAAGACCAACACAACAGCAGCCAUUGCAGCAAAAGUUCAAUCAAGCGGCGGACCUCUGGCGAAGGAGAUUGCAACCAAAGGCCCUAUCAUCAAAGACGCCCAAUGCAAUCCUGUUGAUGACUACACUCGAGACAUGAUCUUUGCAGGUCUGCAACCUCCUCUCUCUACCUAUGAAGGAUUCUUCGAGCACAAGGAGAACAGGAGCCGCUCAGCAGAGAUCAAGAAGUACGCCAAAGCAGCAUCCAAACUCCACAAAAACGCAAGCGAAAAGACAAUGACGAACAUGGCCAUGCCACCUAUCUUGAAAUUUCCCGGCACAGAUAAACAAUAUAUAUUAAAGCGGGAGCUCGGUGCAGGCGCCUUCGCCCCCGUCUUCCUCAUCGAGAACGUCGCCUCCGAAGACGACUCACUCGACGAGAACAACCCCGUGAUGGGUAAAGGCGCCUUCGACGCCCACGGUCGCAAAUCCCUCGAAGCCCUGAAGAUGGAAGACCCGCCUACGGCUUGGGAAUUCUACAUCAUGCGGCAAGCCAAGCGGCGUCUCGGCGUCUCCCGAGCCGCGGAGAGUAUUAUCAAUGUGUACGAAAUGCACCUUUAUGCCGAUGAGUGCUACCUGAUUGAGGAAUUUCGCGACCAGGGGACGCUGCUGGAUGUCAUUAAUAUCGCGAGAGCGGAACCGACGACGACUGGACCUGGGGUGAUGGAUGAGGUGUUGGUCAUGUUCUUUGCUGUUGAACUUUUACGAACCAUUGAAACUUUACACUCUAAAGGCAUCAUGCACGGCGAUCUCAAAGCAGACAACUGCUUAGUCCGUCUCGACCUUAUCCCGGAUUCCGAUGUCUGGAGCCCUAAGUAUAGGAAAGACGGCACAGGAGGCUGGUCGAAAAAGGGCAUAAGUCUGAUUGACUUUGGUCGGGGCAUCGAUAUGAAGGUUUUCAGACCCGAUGUCCAGUUCAUUGCGGAUUGGAAAACUGGUCCUGCGGACUGCGCGGAGAUGAGGGAGUGCAGGCCGUGGACUUGGCAGAUUGAUUACCAUGGCCUCGCUGGUAUCGUACACAGCAUGUUGUUUGGGAAGUAUAUCGAUACGGUGGCCGUCGCGGGUGGGGUUGGGGUUGCGGCGCAGAAGAAGUGGAAACUUAAAGAGGGAUUCAAGCGGUAUUGGCAGACGGAGAUAUGGGCCGAGUGUUUUGAGCUUUUGCUCAAUCCGACGCAGUAUACUGAGGCGGAGGAGGGGGGAAAGAUGCCGGUACUGAAGGGGAUGAAGGGUGUUAGGGAGAGGAUGGAAACUUGGCUCGAGGGCAAUGGGGAGAGAGGGGUGGGGCUGCAGGGGAACUUGAGGAAACUCGAGAUGCAGAUCGAGGCACGGAGACGGAAGUGAGAGGAGGCGCAAGAGACUAUGCAUGACUUGGAGUUCAUUGUUCCAGCAUUCUUGGGUCCUUUUGGGAGGUGUUGAGGUGUAUUAUUGUUCGCAUUGUUACAUACUUUCUUGAUACCAGUCUCGUAUAAUGAAAUGUUCAAACUGCCA